UUUCAGUUCAUGCCAGUGUUUUUUCUUUCUAGGUUUCUCCUGUGUUUCUCACUCCAGUCAGAUUUAUCCUCCCGUUUUCUACAAUGGGAAUCCAUGGUUUGGCCAAAUUGAUUGCGGAUAUUGCUCCUGCUGCCAUCCGAGAGAAUGACAUUAAGAGUUAUUUUGGUCGGAAGGUUGCCAUUGAUGCUUCUAUGAGCAUUUAUCAGUUCCUGAUUGCUGUACGCCAAGGGGCUGAUAUGCUGCAGAACGAAGAAGGUGAGACCACAAGCCACCUGAUGGGUAUGUUCUACCGCACUAUCCGCAUGGUGGAAAACGGCCUCAAGCCUGUCUAUGUCUUUGAUGGCAAGCCCCCACAGUUAAAGUCUGGUGAAUUGGCUAAGCGCACUGAACGCAGAACUGAAGCAGAGAAGCAGCUUCAAGAAGCCAAAGAGGCAGGCGAGGAGGAAAAUGUUGAAAAAUUCAGCAAAAGGCUAGUUAAAGUCACCAAGCAGCACAAUGAGGAGUGCAAGAAGCUGCUGACCUUGAUGGGCAUCCCUUAUGUGGAUGCACCUGGUGAGGCUGAAGCUAGCUGUGCUGCCCUGGUGAAAGCUAAUAAGGUGUAUGCCGCUGCAACUGAAGAUAUGGACUGCUUGACCUUUGGCAGCCCUGUGCUAAUGCGACAUCUUACAGCCAGUGAGGCAAAAAAACUGCCCAUUCAGGAAUUCCACCUGAGCCGUAUUCUCCAGGAUCUGAACCUGACUCAGGAGGAGUUUGUGGACCUUUGCAUAUUGCUGGGUUGUGACUACUGUGAGAGCAUCCGUGGCAUUGGACCCAAGCGUGCUGUGGAGCUCAUCAAGCAGCAUAAGAGCAUAGAAAAGAUCAUUCAGCAGAUAGAUACCAAGAAGUACUCCCUGCCUGAGAACUGGCUGCACAAGGAGGCACAACAGCUCUUCUUGGAGCCAGAAGUUAUAGAUGCAGAAGCUGUGGAGCUGAAAUGGAGCGAGCCAAAUGAGGAAGAGCUUGUUAAUUUCAUGUGUGGGGAGAAGCAGUUUAACGAGGAGAGAAUCCGUAAUGGAGUCAAGAGACUGAACAAGAGCCGCCAGGGCAGCACUCAGGGCCGACUCGACGACUUCUUCAAGAUUACAGGUUCCAUCACUUCAGCCAAGCGCAAAGAGCCAGAGCUCAAGGGAUCUGCCAAGAAGAAAGCAAAGGGCAGUGGCUCUGCAACAUCAAAGUUUAAGAGAGGGAAAUAAACAUUAUUUAAAAAACUAUCAUCCCACUUUCACUCCAGAUUCUUCUCGAUCCGUUGUAUAGUAACUGACCAACAGAAGUGCAACGUAUUAUAGUUCUGCAAUACUGAAAAGGUGUGCAGCUAUUACUAGACUUCCAGUUCAACCUAGAUUCGUGCAUGGAGAAGAUUGGUUUGACAGGCAAAAUGUUUGACGCUGCUAAUUAUUGGACACAGAUCUUGCCAAGAUAACUGGAUAUUGCUGGUAACAAACCUAGAGAGUGUUGGUCCUGACUUUGAGUGCUGUGAACUAUCAGCCCUAAAAACUAGGAGACAUAGUCUUUCUUUAUUGGCAUGAUAUGCUGACAUGGUUUUUGCUUUGAUUUGUAGAUUUCAAUAAAUAUUAUCACUUUUGCUA